CACUUUGUCUGUGCCAAGUGUGAGAAGCCGUUCCUGGGGCACCGGCAUUAUGAGAAGAAAGGCCUAGCCUACUGCGAGACCCACUACAACCAGCUCUUUGGGGAUGUCUGCUACAACUGCAGUCAUGUGAUUGAGGGUGAUGUGGUGUCAGCCCUCAGCAAAGCCUGGUGCGUGAACUGCUUCUCCUGUUCCACCUGCAACAUGAAGCUCACUCUGAAGAACAAGUUUGUGGAGUUCGAUAUGAAGCCUGUGUGUAAGAGGUGCUAUGAAAGGUUCCCCCUGGAGCUGAAGAAGAGGCUGAAGAAGCUGUCAGACAUGACCUCACGCAAGGCCCAGCCCAAGUCUGUGGACAUCAACUCAGUCUGAAGGGCCUUGGCCUCCAUGUGCCUGCCUGCAGGACCUUUGCCCUCACCGUCCCGCCCCAAUUCCUGCUGGCUGCCUCCCACUUCUGCUCCAUCCCAGGUCCCUCCCUCUGGUAAUGUCACCCUUUCUGUUCCCAGUCUACCUUGGGCUACAUAGUACUCUCUUCUACACUGAGACCUGGCCCAGCCUUGUCAGCAUUUCUUCCUGUGUCUACAAUCUCCAGGGACAGGAGCAAAUGGGCUAGGAUUAUUUGCCAUUUGCUUGGCCCACAGAUCCCAGCCUGACACCUGUCCAUUCCACUCUUCUGGGAAAGUUUCAGUCUCAGAGACCCUUGGGCUUGACUGGGAAUCUGUCCCGGCCCCAGAGCCAGCACCAUGCAGAUGAAGGCUUCUGGUAGAGAGGGAAUCCUUCAGUUGCUCAGCCCUAAUAGGUCCCUAUGCUUACACUGCAUCAGCAAAUCCAGCCACCUCCGGGGUGAGCCAGCUGGAGGGCUGAGAUUCCCAUUGCCUUUACUACUCAGGAGAGUUUGCAGAAAGCCUCUCAGCUGCCCACCAAAGCUGGAGUCCCACUUCCUGGGGGUGGGGGCACAUUGCCCCAGCCAGCUCAGACCUGCAGUGGUUACAUGCUUGCACAAUGAAGGUUGAUUCACA